UCUGCUCUUAAAAAGCUCCUUAGGUACAGGAAAGUAGAUAUUGGAACUGCCUUUGCAUUGUAGAACCGAAAAAAUGUUUCCUUCUCAUAUGUCUGUGAAUGAUCUGGGUGUAUUUGCAGUAGUGAUGGUUUUUGGUUUGUUGAUUGUUCUUUUGUUCAUGUUUGACUUCAGGGGUACAUCAAAAGGCCCAUCAAUUCCAGGAGAGGAACCAUCAGACCCAGAGAUGGGUAAUCUGGGUGAUAUGGGAAAAGCAGGCAGCCUUCACCAGUACAUGAUGUUAUUACAUGAGAAGUAUGGUCCUAUAGCAGGAUUCUGGUGGGCCAAACAAUACGUUGUUAGUUUAGCAGCUCCAGAGUACUGGAAAGAAAUAAAGUCAAUCUUUGAUAGACCUGGGGAUCUUUUCAGGCUGUUUGAACCGCUCAUUGGCAAGAAAAGUAUCCAGUAUGCCAAUGGUCCAGAUGGAAGGAAGAGAAGACAGCUGAUGGACAGAAGUUUUAGUCAUGAAGCUGUCAAGGACUACUAUGAUCACUUUGUCAAGAUUGCCAAAGAGACAGCUGACAAGUUUGCUAAGGGUGGUUCUCAAGAACAUAUUCCUUUGGGGAAAAGUAUGAUUGCCAUGGCAAUCAAAGCCAUCUCUGUUGCAGGAAUGGGCCGUUCAUUUAUGGAUGAAAAGGAAGUUGACAAGUUAGCCGCAGUAUAUGAUGUGUGCUGGGAGGAGAUGGAGGAACGUCUCACAUCACCUCCUCCUGGUCCAGACAGUGACAGAGAGAAAAAUUUUCAAAAAGCUCGAGCUGAGAUGCAGAAACUUGUCAGAGACCUCAUUAGAAAGAGGCGUCAGGACACAGAAAAAGCUGAAAAGUUAUUCAUUGACUCCAUGUUGGAUAAUGACUUCAUGGAUGAAGAAGAGAUUUGUGACCAUGUUAUAACUUUUCUUAUCGGAGGAUUCCAUACUACAGGAAACAUGAUGAUUUGGUGUUUGUACUUCCUGACCAAACAUCCAGAGAUCCAAGAAAAAGUUUUUGCUGAACUGGAAGAAGUUCUGGGACAGGAGGACAUCAAACCUCAAGUAGUGACAGAACUGACGUACACUCGUCAAGUAAUAGAUGAGACACUUCGUGCUUCAGUACUCGCUCCAUGGGGAGCCAGAGUCCACGAGUAUGACCUCCAAGUCGGAGAAUUUGUUAUUCCAAAAGAGACCCCCAUUCUUCUUCCGUUUGGAGUUGUAUUACAAGACCAGAAUUUGUGGCCAGAGCCGAAAAGGUUUGAUCCAGAUCGCUUCAGUUCAGAGAACAUCAAACAGCUUCCAAGCCUUGCUUACCAGCCGUUUGGAUUCGCUGGAAAACGCAAGUGUCCCGGAUGGCGGUUCUCGAUCGCGGAGGGACUGGUGUUCUUGUCUGUUCUCAUAAGACGCUUUAAGUUCCAUCUUGUUGAAGGACAGGAAGUGAAACCUGUUUAUCGCCUUGUGACGUCACCAGCUGAGGAGGUCUGGGUCACAGUGACUGAGAGAUGA